AAAGGUCAAAAACGAAAAGGAACGGGAAGGCGUGGUCCUUACAAAAAGUUUUAUGUUCAAGAGGAAACAUGAAGUUCAGAUACCCUGCAAGGGGAUGAAGACAUAUCUAUGUUUGAUGUCACCGAUUCAGGAAUUGAUGCCACCAUAGAAUUAGAUGAUACUCAGAGUCAAUGCUCUUCGGAGACUGUAGAAAAUGGAUUCUCCGCACAGAUGGUCCAUUCAUAUCCGGAUAGAGGUAUACCACAAGUAGACAAUGUUGAAAUGGAGUUUGAUUACAUCAAAACACACGAGAAUGAGCUGAUCAAGAAUUGCUAUCCUGAAGAAGAUCAUAUUUCAGAAGAAAGUGAAGAGGAAUAUGAUUUAGACUUUGAUGUCCUUUCUGAUAUUCUUCAACCUUCUGACACCGCAGACCCUCUUCAAUCAACAAACGACUCAGAGGAUAUGAAUGACUUUGACUCGGAUCCACUUUAUCCAGGUGCAUCUGUGACUUUAGGAGCCUUUAUGCUUCUGCUAGCUGUCUUUACAUCCAGGUACAACUUGAUUGGGGAAGCGACAGAGCAGCUUCUGAAAAUUAUUGCACUAGCCCUGCCUCAUGGCCAUAAACUCUGCUCUUCAUUAUAUGAGUUUAAACUUUUCUUCAAGAAUUUGCGAAAUCCUCUUGUUCGACAUUAUUACUGCAACCAUUGCCUUGGUUAUGUUGAAAAUACAUCGGUUUCAAACUGUCCUUAUGAAUUUUGUGGAGCAACAUUCAGUGGCAAAAAUUCUUGUUAUUUCAUUGAAAUGCCUCUAGAAAACCAAGUAAAAAAUUUGUUUGCUCAAAAUGGAUUUUACAACAGUUUAGGACAUCGAUUUAAUAAGACAAAAAGCACAAGAAACUCUUAUGAAGACAUUUAUGAUGGGCAUUUGUACAAAAAUUUAUGUGAGAUUAAUGGAGUCCUCAGUUUUCAAGAAAAUAUCUCAUUUACGUUUAAUACUGAUGGGGCACCAGUUUUCAAAAGUAGCAAAACAUCUAUUUGGCCUAUUUAUUUGAUAAUUAAUGAACUGCCCUACAAGCAAAGGAUGAAUAAAGAAAACAUGAUUCUGGCAGCACUUUGGUAUGGAAAUAAGAAACCAUCGAUGGGAACGUAUCUAAAACCAUUUUUACAAUCUCUGAAAAAAUUAAAUGAAGGCAUACAAUGUGAAUCACCAGAUAAAGGCAUCUUUGUAUGCAAGGGACUCUUGCUUUGUGGAACAGCUGACCUCCCAGCCAGGAGUUUGCUCUGCAACCACGUCCAGUACAAUGGUGCAUUCUCUUGUUGGAAAUGUGAACAGGAAGGCGAAUCUGCAUCUGUUGGUCGUGGCCAUGCGCGCAUAUUUCCUUUUGAGCAUCAAAAUCCUAAAGGGCCAGAAAGAACAAAAGAAAAUGUGCUUCAACACGCAAGAGAAGCAGUAGACCAUCAGCAAGUGACCAUGGGAAAACCCGUGAAAGGAAUCAAGGGUCCAUCAUGGCUACAUUUCGUUCCGCACUUCAACAUUGUCUCUGGAAUGGCAAUAGAUUAUAUGCACGGAGUGCUUCUUGGAGUUCAGAAGAUGAUGUUGGAAUUGUGGUUUGGAGCAAAGUACAAGGGGAAGGAUUUCAACAUAAAUAACCGUGUGUGUGAAGUUGAUAACAGACUUCAGAGCAUUCGUCCAACACUUGAUGUUACUCGCCUUCCCCGUUCAAUAGAAAAGGAUUUAAAGUACUGGAAAGCAUCAGAAUUUAGAUCUUUUUUGUUAUAUUUUGGAGGUCCAGUUCUACAUGGGAUUUUAGAUAAGGAUCGGUUUUCCCAUUACCUUUUGUUAGUAGACUCAAUGCAUAUUCUUUUAAAGUGUGGGUCUACUGACAAGGAUUUAGACAAAGCAGAAAGUCUCUUGAUUAGGUUUUGUAGUCGUUUUGAAAAUCUAUAUGAGAGAUGUUUUUUAAGACUUAAUGUUCACCAACUUCUUCAUUUACCAGACUGUGUCAGAAAUCUUGGACCUCUGUACACACACAGUUGUUUCUCUUUUGAGAGUAAAAAUGGGAUAGUGCUAAAAAUGAUCAGAGGAAGUCAAAGUAUUGAUACACAAAUAAUUACUGCAUUAUCAUUUAUUCAAAAACUGCCAGAGUUAAAGCAAAAGUGCAUUGUUAAAGAUUCAGAAAUAGAUAUGCUAUGUAAAAUUAUUGAAGACCCAUCUCUUCUUAAAAGGGGACAGAAGUUAGAUGAUGGCAUAUAUAUUUUAGGUGCUUCUUACGGUAGAUGUUUAACCAAUAAUAAGGUUGGUGCACUGCAGCAAUUUUUAAAACAUGACCCUAUAGUGAAUACUUAUACAAGCUUUAACCGUGUAGAGUAUGGGGCAUAUGUAAUUUAUGGUACUGAAUAUUCAAGAAUGAUUAAAAGAAACAAUUCAGCUGUAUGCUACCAAGGGGAGAGUGGUAUCUGUUUUGGAGAAGUGAUGUUUUUUAUUUUAUGUCAAAACACUUCCAAUAUUGUACAACCACUUGUUUUCAUUAAGAAGUUAUUCUGUAGAAAUUAUAAUGAAGAUUUGCACAUCUUGUCAGUUACAGAAACAAAUGACAUUGAAGUUGCUCAUAUUAGGAGUUUGUUGUCCAGCUGCAUGUUAGUAGCUUAUCCUGGAACACAGAAGUCAUUUGUUUGCAAAUUUCCAAAUAGACUGGAGUCUGAUUAAAACUAUCAUUGAUUGAUUACUUGAUUAGAAAACAAAUCUCUGAAAGCAGUUUGUACAUGAUUGAUUUUUUUUUGCUAAAUUUAUGCAAGGGAUUUAAAGUCUAUCAUAAUCUAAUAGUAUGUGUGUGUAAUAUCUUAACAGGUACCGUGUAUGCUUUGUAGCUUAACGUACAAGUUAUCUAAAUUGAUUGUUUACAGAGAAACAUAAUGCAAAAAUGUGUAUAUAAUAAACAUAUUCAGUAAUAACA